AUGUCAAUAAAGAAAAAGACAGGACUUAGAUCCAAAUCGGCAAAGAGAGCUUCGAUCGCAAGCAAAAUCGCCGAAUUCAAGCAAGAACAAGCGCUGAGGGAGGAGCAUCACGAGAAUCCCUUGCUCAAAUUGCUGCAGACUUCCAAAAAAGAGAAGUUGAAGAAUAAAUCACAGGACUUCAAUGAGAAGAUCUUAUCAAAGGUAUCAUUUAAUCUCUCGGGCGGCAUUUCCAAGUCGGCCUCCAGAAGAAGGAAGAGAAAAAGUAAGGAAAACCUAAAGCCCAAAAUGGAUGACUUGCUUCUGAGUCUCCCAGAAGAGACUCUUAAUUUAGUGGAAGCAAAAACGCCACAGGCUUUCAUUGCUGCUAAGAAAAAGGAAGCGAAUAAACCAAAUCCUCAGAAGCAGGGCGGACACGCCAAAUUGCUACAAACGGAGAACAGGCAUUUUAACAGAGUUCUUACGGAUAAGCAGUUCAAAGCAUCACCAUUUGCGGCUUUGAAGUCCGCCAUUCAGCACAACUUGCAACAAAGCUGA